CCCCGGGCCUCGCCGGCCGCCGGGCUCUGGCCGCGGGUUCCCGGCCGCCGCGGCGGGAGGACGGGAGCAGAGCAGCCCACCUGAGCGCGGGGCUUGGGCCCGCGCCGGUACUUUUCCGCUGGGGCCGGGGCGAGCCCUCUGACCUCAGGAAACGCCGGCGGGGCCCCUGCUGGGGCGGGCUGGGCAGAGCAUUCCGCGGGCGCUGGGUGCUCACGCCUGCCCGCCGUCCUCCGGGGCCCCGGCGGCUCGGGCCUGUGCCCCCACGGGACGAGCUUCUGCUCGGACGCGGGGUCCCCGGCCGCCCCGCACACCUGUGCGGCCGGAGCAGUCGGGGGCGGGAUCCGCGGGCGCGCGCAGGCCGGCUUGGGGAGACCUGGGUUGCCUCCUGCCGAGGCCUGGCCGAGGCCCCUGCUGCCCCCGUCGGGUGGCCGGGCUGAUCGAGGGGCGGCCUGCUUGCCAGACAGGUCUGACGGCAGACACCAGUCUGGUCAGUGCCUACUUUCCCACCGCCCCUGGUCCUUGCGCCCGGGGGAAGCCGACUUUCAUCUCUCUGGAGCGCUGGGAUUCUCUCUGACUUGGGAAGUACCAAGGCAACGCAGGUGAUGUGGCCCAGUGAGGGCCUGUGGCUGCUGGCCAGAGCCGGCCCUCAUCCUGCCCCCCCAGCCCUGCCCAUCUCGGCCCCAUGCCCCCGCCAGUCAGCUUCGGGCCCCCGGCAGUGAGCAGGCACGUGGCAGCCAAGGCCCUGUGACCAGGCCAGGGAGACGGGCGCUCCGGGGUCCCAGUCAUCUGCCCCCCCAUGGAGCUGAGGCCCUGGUUGCUAUGGAUGGUAGCAGCAGCAGGAGCCUUGGUCCUGCUAGCAGCUGAUGCUCGUGGCCAGGUCUUCACCAACACUUGGGCUGUGCACAUCUCUGGAGGCCAGGCUGUGGCUGACAGCGUGGCCCAGAAGCAUGGCUUCCACAACCUGGGCCUGAUCUUCGGUGACUAUUACCACUUCCGGCACAGAGCAGUGACAAAGCGGUCCCUGUCGCCUCACCGCCUGUGGCACAGCCGGCUACAGAGGGAGCCCCAAGUAAAGUGGCUGGAACAGCAGGUAGCGAAGCGAAGGACCAAGAGGGAUGUGUACCAGGAGCCCACAGACCCCAAGUUCCCCCAGCAGUGGUACCUGUCUGGUGUCACUCAGCGAGACCUCAAUGUGAAGGAAGCUUGGGCCCAGGGCUUCACAGGUCACGGCAUUGUGGUCUCCAUCCUGGAUGACGGAAUUGAGAAGAACCAUCCUGACUUGGCAGGCAAUUAUGAUCCUGGAGCCAGUUUUGAUGUCAAUGACCAGGACCCUGACCCACAGCCUCGGUAUACACAGAUGAACGACAACAGGCACGGCACUCGGUGUGCAGGUGAAGUGGCCGCGGUAGCCAACAACGGUGUCUGUGGUGUGGGGGUGGCUUACAACGCCAGGAUUGGAGGGGUGCGCAUGUUGGACGGCGAGGUGACUGACGCAGUAGAGGCUCGUUCGCUGGGCUUGAACCCCAACCACAUCCACAUCUACAGCGCCAGCUGGGGCCCUGAGGACGAUGGCAAGACCGUGGAUGGGCCAGCCCGUCUUGCUGAGGAGGCCUUCUUUCGGGGAGUUAGCCAGGGUCGCGGAGGGCUGGGCUCCAUCUUUGUCUGGGCCUCAGGGAAUGGGGGCCGGGAACAUGACAGCUGUAAUUGUGACGGCUACACCAACAGCAUCUACACACUGUCCAUCAGCAGUGCCACACAGUUCGGCAAUGUGCCCUGGUACAGUGAGGCCUGCUCCUCCACGCUGGCCACCACCUACAGCAGUGGCAACCAGAACGAGAAGCAGAUCGUGACAACGGACUUGAGGCAGAAAUGCACAGAGUCGCACACCGGCACCUCGGCUUCUGCCCCAUUGGCGGCUGGUAUCAUCGCUCUCGCCCUGGAGGCCAAUAAAAACCUCACCUGGCGAGACAUGCAGCAUCUGGUGGUCCAGACCUCAAAGCCAGCCCACCUCAGUGCUAACGACUGGGCCACCAACGGUGUGGGCCGGAAAGUGAGUCAUUCAUAUGGCUACGGGCUGUUGGAUGCAGGUGCCAUGGUGGCCCUGGCCCAGAACUGGACAACAGUGGCCCCCCAGCGGAAGUGCAUCAUUGACAUCCUAGUGGAGCCCAAGGACAUUGGCAAGCGACUAGAGGUGCGCAAGUCUGUGACAGCGUGCCUCGGCGAGCCCAACCACAUCACCCGGCUGGAACAUGCUCAGGCUCGGCUCACCUUGUCUUACAAUCGCCGUGGUGACCUGGCCAUCCACCUUAUCAGCCCCUUGGGCACCCGCUCCACCUUACUGGCUGCCAGACCCCAUGACUACUCCGCUGAUGGGUUUAAUGACUGGGCUUUCAUGACAACUCAUUCCUGGGAUGAGGACCCCUCUGGCGAAUGGGUCCUAGAGAUUGAGAAUACCAGCGAGGCCAACAACUAUGGGACGCUGACCAAGUUCACUCUCGUACUCUACGGCACAGCCUCUGAGGAGCUCUCUACACCCCCGGAAAGCAGCGGCUGCAAAACCCUGGCAUCCAGCCAGGCCUGCGUGGUGUGCGAGGAAGGCUUCUCACUGCACCAGAAAAGCUGUGUCCAGCACUGCCCACCAGGCUUCACUCCCCAAGUCCUUGAUACACACUACAGCACCGAGAACGAUGUGGAGACCAUCCGCGCCAGCAUCUGCACCCCCUGUCACGCCUCUUGUACCACCUGCCAGGGCCCAGCUCCCACAGACUGCCUCAGCUGCCCCAGCCAUGCCUCCCUGGACCCAGUGGAGCAGACCUGCUCCAGGCAAAGCCAGAGCAGCCGAGAAUCUCGACCUCAGCAGCCGCCGCCGCCUCCUGCACUCCACCCCGAGGUGGAGGUGGAGCCCCGGCUGCAGACUGGGCUGCUGCCCUCUCACCUGCCUGAGGUGGUGGCCGGCCUCAGCUGCGUUUUCAUAGUGCUGGUCUUUGGCACUGUCUUCCUGGUCUUGCAGCUGCGCUCUGGCUUCAGCUUCCGGGGAGUGAAGGUGUACACCAUGGACCGUGGCCUCGUUUCCUACAAGGGGCUGCCCCCCGAAGCCUGGCAGGAGGAGUGCCCAUCUGACUCCGAAGAGGAUGAGGGCCGGGGCGAGAGGACCGCCUUUAUCAAAGACCAGAGCGCCCUUUGACGAGCCCACUGCCCACCCACCAAAUCCAUCCCUUCCUUGGGCACUUUUUAAGUCACCAAAGUAUUUUUUUAUCUUGGGACUGGGUUUGGACCCUAGUUGGGAGGCAAGAGGAGCAGACACUGCUUCCUACCCCAUCCUUGGGCCUACCUGUUUGCCUGAGGUGGGGCCCCCAGAGCCUCACCCCUUACACCCCUCCACGUGGAGAAAGGAGUAAAAUAUUUAGGGCAGCUUCCAAGGCCCAGCUGGAGUUCCUGCGGAGUGAAGAGGGGCGGCCUUUCUCUGGGCCCUUGACCAGGCUGCAGCCCUGCCCCUUUCCUGCCCCUCAGAAAGCAAUAAUGGUCCCCAUCCAGGCAACAAGGAGGCUGGCCCGGAGGUACCUGAAGAAGGCGGCCACCUCCACAAGGGCUUUUGCAUCCCCUGACCCUCUCUGGCUCCUGGAUGAGCCUCCGCAGAAGCUGCAGUUGUGGGAAGGGACCAAAGCAGGCACUCUCCAGCACGCACGCCCAUACUUCCAUGCUCUCAGCCUGCCUCUGCACUCCAGGCCUCCACUCCAGCCGGUAGCCAGGCUGCGCUAGGCUGGCACGGGCCAAGCUAAAGCUCUGGGGGCCUUAAGCUGGUGUCCUGACCAUCCUCUCUAUGGCACCCUGCCCCCUGCCAGGGCCCUGUUUUCUGAGCCCGGGGCUGCCUGGGCUGUUGGCACUCCCAGUACCGGAGCCCCUGGGUGGGUGGUGGGAGGGGACGGUGGCCCAGCCGGCUCCUCCCGCCUCCCACCCGAUGCUGCUUUCCCCUGUGGGGAUCUCAGGAGCUGUUUGAGGAUAUAUUUUCACUUUGUGAUUAUUUCACUUUAGAUGCUGAUUUUUUUUUUUUUUUUU